AAAGAAUAUGCUGACUUUGUUAACGUCGAUACUAUAAAAGGAGAAAAAUAUCUAGAAGAAAAAUUUAAUUUAACAACAGAAAUAACCAAAUAUUUUUUAGAAGUAAAGAAAAGAAGACCUUCCGACAUACCUUACAACCCUAACCCUAAAACUUUAGAGAAUUCUUUGAGGGAAAUAAAGAUUAUCAAUUAUGAUCCGGAUGGACGCAAACAUACAACACAACAACAUUCUAAAUUACGUGCAGUUGUACUUAUUGUAUAUGCCAACUCUGAAAGUGAAAAUCAUUACAUUGGUGAAGUGUAUUAUUCGAUUGCAAACUUUUUUGAAUUGGCUGAAAAUUAUAUACUAUUGCCAUUCGAAUGGAGAGAUGAAGUGAAACCAGAAGACCUUUAUGAAGUUGACUACGGAAAAAUAAAGAAAAAGGCAGAAACUAUUUUGGAGAUACUCGAAAAAUUAGCAAUUUGA